AUGCCUUACGAGUCGCCUGCGAAAAGGCGGUAUGUGACGCAGAUUCUGGACGCCGACGGCCAGGUGGGCUUCGCGGCCGCCAGGCGCAGCCUGGACUGGGCGGAUGUCGUCAAGUACUGCUACCGCGGCCAGAUCACCUUCUCGCGGCGGGACCCGCCCAUGAACCCGGUCGUGGCGGUGGAGAGCGCCAAGCUCAUGCGCGAGUCGCUGUCGCAGUCGCGCAUCAUGUCCCCGGACCCGUUGGAGCUGCAUCGACGCGUGGCCGACGCGGUGCGCCGGGCCCGGGACGAGAUGGAACGCGGGGUGUGGGUCAACCCGUGCACCCCCAGGCAGCAGCAGGAGGCCUCAAGGGCGGACCCCGCCCCCGCCGCCGGGACACUGUGA